UCAAUCGAUGACAUGAAAAAAUGAGUGAUGGAUUGGAUUCUAGCUUGCAAAAUAUUUUUUACUAUUUGUAUUUGUAAAUUACAAGUAAAACAGUGCUUUGUUUAACAAGUAAGGCAAAAUUGUUGUAUUCAUUCGUAAUACAGGAAUACAAUAGAAUAUUUUAUUAUUGAUGUUAAACGAAAAUUCGUAAUAUCCAUUGUUAUGUAUUCGUUUGAGGGAGACUUUCGUCGAAAACCACAGCAGAACCUGGCUGGGGCUAGUGCUCAGAGAAGCACUGACAGAAAUGCUCUGAUCCUGCAAACUCAACAGCAAAGACAAAAGAGAGAGGAACAUCGAAGAAGAUUAAAUAGUACAAUAAAAAUUCAAGCUUAUGUCCGAAGUUACAUGACUAGGAAGUAUUACAAACAGAUAGAACGUGAGAAAUUUGAUUCAGAAUUUCCUCAAGAGGACACUGAUGAUGAUGUUUUUGUUUCAAAUUUAGUGGCUAGGAUUUUGUACUUUUAUGAUGAUGGCCAAGAUGUUCCUAGACUGAUAUCCAUUUCGCAGUUGUUGCUGAAGAGAUGGAAGCGAGUGUUCCACAGCGGUGGGUCCGCCGUGCAGAUACGGAGGCUGCUGGCCUUGCAUCUGCGGCUGCUCAGGGAAACUAGUGAUUUGCCAUUAGCAGUCCCACUGCGGAUGUUUGAGGUGUUCACCUCCACAGUCUCACUGGAGACGGCUCUCAGCCCUGAGGAUGCCAGCACCACCAUUGGGCACACAUUACACUAUCUUGUCAAAAGAGGCUACUUCUCCGACCUCCGCAACCUGAUGUGCCGGCGCACGCCGCCGCUGCUGGGCCCGUCCGCCAACCCGCCCACGCCGCUGUGCGCCGCGCUGCUCGAGCUCAUAAUGAGGCCUGUGCAUCUCGUGGGCAAAGUGCCUAUACCGGGAUAUGACGACACAGUAAUGACGGAAUUCACCGCCUCAUUCCUCUGCACGGCGUACCCAGAGCCUGUUGAGAUGUUCGUGAUCCCCUCCAUAGUGCAGGACGCCAACCACCGGUUCCCGUUCCUAGCGCUGGUGCAGUGCCUGCAAGAUGAUACGAAGUUUGCGCAGAGGCGGCUGAUUAACGACUCGUGGUUGCUCCACUCGGUGUUGACGCUUGAGCCGCAGCAGUUUGUAAACGAAAUCCGAAGCCUAAACAGCACGAAGCUUCCAAACAACCCGUACGUUUUGGACUACCUGAAGGUUGUCGUCAAAUUGACAGUCAACGUCUGCAACAAACAGAUCAACUACGAAUUUGAAGACUCUUUAUACACCCAAGAUACUUCCGCGGACAAGGAUGAUGAUGAUAGCGAUACCGAUUCUGAACCGGAUCUGAUAUCUUUGAAGGAACAGAUGCUGCUGACGCGCAGUAUAGAGAUGUUGAAUGAGCCUGAGCGCUGUAUAAUGAGUGCGUGCUCGCAGAUCACUGAUACGGACUUGAGCGAUGAAUUUCUGGAUUCCAUGUCGGAGAUCUGCCAUAAUCUGCUAUUGAGUCACCGGUUUGCGCUGCAUAAGUAUAGGCUCCUGUACACGCUAGCCUUCAAGCCGGUCUUCCUGCGCGGCCUAUGGCGGUUCCUCAGCAACAUGAGUCACGAGUCAUCAUUCGGAGGAACGGCCACGCCGCUGCUCUCAGCCCUCUCCCGGGGCAUGGGCAGUGACUACUCUGUGAUCGGGGUGCACAGACUGCUGGCGCCACUGGCGGUGUUCUGUGCUCUGUUCUCGCUGCUGAUUGGUACGCUGCACGAUACUGAGUUUGUGCGGGAUACGGACUUUGAAGGGGAUGAGAAGAUGAGCGUGCCCCAAUCACCGAGCGCGACGCACGCCUUCUCUCUCUCGGCGCUCGGCGGUCUCUGUCGCACGCUGCGGCAGGUGUGCCUGGGGCUGGUGGAGCUGGCGUGUCCCGAGCGCGGCGCCAGCGACUCGCGCGCGACUCACGCGCAGCCCAACAAGAAGCCUGCCUGGCCGCACCUCUUCAAGGUCUGCACCCACCUCCUCCGAGCCCUCUACGUGCGCGACUCCCGUCUCCAAUUCUGCUCGCAGCGAGGUUCCCCCGCGAACUGCGGGGGCUGCGGGGGCGCGGGGGCGGCGUGGACGGUCCCCGGGGCGGUCCCCGACGGGCCGCAAGCUGUGCUGAUACUGGCCGGCACGCACGCCCGGCCUAAUCCACGGCUGUUGCGGCAGGAUCAGUAUAGGAGCUCGCAGUUGGAAGACGGCCCACCGCUAACAGUGAAGGAGCUCCGGACAGUCACAAUAUUACGGGAGAUACCUUUUGUCGUGCCAUUCGCAACACGAGUUCAAAUUCUACAGGGACUUUUGAACAGGGAAAAGCAAGAGUCGUGGUAUGAGAUGAGCAACUUCAACGAGGGUCCCAUGAUCAACAUCAGCGUGCGCCGCUCCCAUCUCUAUGAAGACGCCUUCGACAAACUCAGCCCAGAUAAUGAACCCAACAUGAAGUUGAAGCUACGCGUGCAGCUAGUGAACCAAGCGGGUGCCGACGAGGCGGGCGUGGACGGCGGAGGACUGUUCCGGGAGUUCCUGUCCGAGCUACUCAAGUCUGCCUUCGACCCGAAUCGCGGUUUGUUCCGGCUAACGCGAGACAACAUGUUAUACCCCAACCCCGGGGUCCACCUCCUGUAUGAUGACUUCCCAAUGCAUUACUUCUUCGUCGGACGGAUGUUGGGCAAGGCGAUCUACGAAAACCUUCUCGUGGAGCUUCCUCUGGCAGAAUUCUUCCUGGCCAAGCUGUGUUGCCGGCGCGAGCCCGACGUGCACGCGCUGGCGUCGCUGGACCCGGGCCUGUACCGCGGCCUGCUGCUGCUGAAGACGCACCGCCGCGACGACGUGCCCGACCUCGGCCUCGACUUCACCAUCGUCAGCGACGAGCUGGGCGAGCAGCGGAUAGACGAAUUGAAACCGGGUGGAGCUAACAUCCCCGUGACGGCUGAAAACAGAAUAGAAUACAUACACUUAGUUGCUGAUUACAAAUUGAAUAGAGCGAUCCGCGCGCAAUGCCACGCGUUCAAGCGCGGUCUGACAUCCGUGGUGUCCGCUGAUUGGCUGCGCAUGUUUUCGUGCCGCGAGCUGCAGCUGCUCAUCGCCGGCGCGGAGACCGCAGUCGAUAUAAACGACCUGCGCGCGCACACUAUGUACACAGGUGGUUUCUCGGACGAGCACCCGACGGUGAAGGCGUUCUGGAAGGUGGUGGAGAGCUUCACGGACGACCAGCGCCGGCAGCUGCUCAAGUUCGUCACUAGUUGCUCCCGCCCGCCGCUACUUGGGUUCAAGGACCUCCAACCGCCAUUCUGCAUACAGAACGCGGGUCCGUCCGACCGGCUGCCCACCUCGUCCACGUGCAUGAACCUGCUGAAGCUGCCCGACUUCCAGUCCGAGGCGGCGCUGGCCGAGCGCCUGCUGUACGCCGUGCAGGCCGGCGCCGGCUUCGAACUCAGCUAAGGUUCAUCAUGCUGAAAAAUAUGGUUGGUUGCUGCGAGGGGGCACUUUCAUUGACGUGCACAUAAUUUAUUUAUUGCAUGAUGAGAUUGAUGAGUAAUGACCAGAAAUGUUGAUGUGAUAAUGUAUACUUACAGUCUAGGUAAAGUCUUUUAAUUUGUAAAUAUGUAAUGAUAUUACCAUUUUUGUAGUGUUUAAUUUGUUAUCGGUGAUGAGGACGAGUUGUGAUGAUCAGGAUUUGAUUUAAUUUAUAGUUAGUUGUAUGUUUACUGAGGGUAGUUGGUGAAUUUAUAUAAGUAUGGAAUAUUUAUAAAGAUUUGAUAUGUAGUCAAAAUUAUGUGUUUAUUCCCUGUUUCUGUAUUGCAGAAUCAAAUACAGACGGAUAACAGAUCAGUCUUUGUUAGAAUGAAAUAAAUUAUAUAUAGUCCGAACCAUGAACAAAGUAAAAUCUUCCAAAUUUAAUACAUAAUGUUGGGUAUUUUGUCGGACUGAUUUCAAAGAUCUGUGAUCUCAAGAUCUUUAUUAAGCUAUUCGUACUGCCCUUGUUCCUUACUUCUUUUAAUUUAAUUCUUACUUUUCAUAUUGAAAAAUAUUCAUUUAGAGUUUGAAUGAUGAAAUACCCAUUUAAUGCAAUACUUAUACAAAUAUCAGGAGUUUUAUAGAAAUAAAAUAGUUACUGCUGUAAUCAUAGCGUCUAGUAUAAUAUAAUUAUUAGUGCAAUUUAUAAUGUUUGACUACCAAGUUCUAUGUAAAUAAACACAAGUUAAUAUUGUAUGAUGUGUACUUUGCAGUAUAUUUAUAUAAUAUCCCCGUAUUCAUAAAACUAACAAAGGAUUUGAUUUAAAAGCUUCAAAAAUCGGUCAGAAACACACUUUUCGACUCUUUGUGUGAGUCAAAAAGUUUAAAUUGCUGUAGGUACACAUCGACGCCUUGCGAGCCUCUUGGUCAGUGUCAGUUAGUUCUAUUAAUACGAGGGUAUGUAAUGUAGGUACAUACUACUAUUUACAAUUAUUUAUAGCUAAUAUAUGGGAAGUUCAGUCAAAAUACGGAUAUAGUUUAGUUGUUGAUGUAGUUUACGGAGUAAAAAAAUCGAAAAUGAUUCUUCUCUAUGUGUAUUAGAUCAGUAAAUACUUCCAGUUAUAUUUAUUAUACAUCGACUGUGUCAAAUUUCAUGUUUAGAUUCACAUUAUUAUAUUUACCUACUGCUUAUUUUAGUUGAUAAUAAAUCUGUCGAACAAAAA